AUGAUACGUCUCACGCGCGCCUCCGACGGCGGAACAUCGUCCUCCGCCGGGCGCCUCCGUCGCGCGCCUACGUGGAAUGCGACGCGACGUCUCGAGCCUCUCGAUUUUCAGCCGGUGCCUCUUCGACGAAUUCUCCCCGCCCGACGAGCGUCGUCGUCCGCCGCUGGACGUCACACGCGCGAGCGCGAGCGCACGGGCCGCGCCGCGCGUCGCGACACUCCUUCCCCGGGUCGACGCGGUCGACUCGAGCGGACCGUCCGGUCGGGGAUGGCGGCCGCGAUGGGGAAGCCCGCGGUGGUCGGGCGAGCGCGCGCGCCCGGAGGCGCGUCGCGCGGGGGCUGGCGGAGCGCGACGCCGCCCACGACGGCGCGGAGGGUCGUGCACCUGCGCGCGCGCGCGAGCUCGACGUUCCGGGGCGCGCCGCUGAGCCGCGGGUCGAUGAUAGCGACGUCGUCCUGGCCCGCGCUGUGCGCGCUGAGGCCCGCGCGACGUCGCAAGAGCGCGGGGUCGCGGGUGAUCACCUCCGCGAAGAAGAAUUUCAUGCCCGGGGGCGCGUCCGAGGACUCGAGCAUCCCGCGCAAGAGCGUCAGCGGGUACACGGGCGCGGGCGAGUUCGAGCCCAUUAACAAACCGAAGCCGCGGCUGGGGGAGAUACGGCGAGGACCGAUGGACUCGGACGACGUCGUCGAUAUCGACGUGUUCGAAUCGUUCGCGGAGUCGGAGGCGACGGUGCAAGAGGCGACCCUGCAGGCGGUCGUCGAGGACGACUGGCCGCGCCUCACCGGCGAAGCGAUCGCGGGGGCGUGGCGGGAGUGGCGAGAGUACGUCCUCACGAAGUUGGGCAUCGCCGCGCUGUGGCUCAGCGGCAUCCUCGUCGCGUCGACCGGUCUGUCGCACUACGUCGGGAGGCACUUCGUGAAUCAGGCUCUGCCGUGGAUGUCCGCGACGGUGUCGCAAGCCGCGAACCGUCCGAUUCGCAUCGGUCGAUGCAAAGGUCUGUGGCCCACGGGGCUGCUAGGCGUGGGUUCUCUCGUGGACGUAGGUCCGCUCGUGAUAGGUCCCGCGGAGGCGGAACGGUCGAUCGUGGAAGUCGCGAAAGUGAAGCUCUCGCUUCGACCGAUUGCGUCGUUGCUUCAAUUUCGAAUCGUCGUCGCCGCGCACCUCGAAGGCGUGCAGGCGACGUUGAGGCAAGGCGACAACAGCUCUUGGCUCGGGUUCCCGGACGACACGAUCCCGAUAUCCGCCCGGCCGACGAUCUCGCUCCCGAAACGAGCGGGUGACGCGGACGGAAGCGGCGGCGGCGGUCCUAAACUCGCGCUCGAGUCGGUGAGAGUCGCGAACGGCACCGCGUCGCUUCACCUCGCCGGGGACCCGGACCCGAGGCUGUUGAAACGGCUGAACGGCACGGUGAACAUCUCGAAUAAAGGGCGCUUAGAGAUCGACGCGACCGUGAACCCGGUGAGCCGCGGCGUCCCGCCCGCGGAGCGAAUCGUCACGAUGAAGAGCGACACGCUCCCGAGGAAUUUACGCGCGGAACAGACCGAGGCGGAGGUACGAUCUCUCGCGCGGGAGGUCGCGCGCGGGACCGACGGCGGGACGAUCCGCGCGUACAUAAGUCUCGUUCCGCCCAGCGCGGACGAGGACAGGAAGAACGUCGAGGAGAUCAAACCGAAUCCCCCAGGGUUUUGGCCGCACCACAGGAACGAUCUGAAGGUGCGCAUCCAGCUGAACAACACGAGUGCGGCGGUCGUGGAGAGGACGAUCCCCGGGUUACCGCUCGACGUCAGCGCCGGGCGGCUCGACGGCGAACUGCGGCUGCGCUGCAACGACACGGACAGCUGGCGAUUCCCCGAGUUUGGAGGACAGAUACGCGCCAGAGGGCUGAACUUCCACUUCUUCGACUCCCCGGAUAGCUUCGCGGACACGGACGCGGACCUCGUGUUCGAAGGGAAGCGCCUGUACCUGCACGGGGGGAAAGGGCACUACGGCGCGGUGCCGCUGACCGCGUCGGGUGAUUUGGACUUGUGCC